CUAGCAAUUAUGACUGUGAAUUUUCAUCUCACACGGCUUAGAUUUAAAGUAUUCAAAGCAUUUAAUGAACCCUGGCAUUUAAAAAGUUCCAUCAACAAUUCAAAUUAUAUCUUUUGGAAAAUUUAAGUCAUUGCCACAGUUGAUUUUUACCCAUGCACAACAAUACUUCGUUAUGCUAAGCCGCGACUGUAGACUGUAUUGGUUAAACUACUACUUCACUACAGGCAUUUAAACUGCAAUAUUUACAUUUUGACCUUAACUGACUCGUCGCGUAGGUAGUUCAUAACACAUUUAUAAAUUAUCUCGCGUUUCCUGUGUGUCAAUAAAUUCAUUCAAAUAAAAUGUGUGCAUAUCCUGCCCUGCGGGUCAAAUUUCCAUAGUAAAGGUUUCUAAUUACUGUCCAAAAAAAAUACAUGUUUUUAUACGAGGGAUACGUAUUUGUUUUCUUUGAUUCGAUCUCCGGAGUCAGGAAAAAAUGGCUGAAAUGUAUUUCCUUUCGAAUUAUGCCCGGCCCAUUUGAAAAUCAAUAAGGAUGAGCAAGGAUAAAGAAGAAGUAAUUCCCAUCGCGGGUCCCGGAAGUAGAAUUAAAGCCCUCGCCCCUACCGUCCGCAAACAUCUUCUGUACACGGACGAAAAUCUCAAGGUCAUCGUGGACUUUUCCACCAACGGGGUCAAGGUAUUUCCAGUAGAAAUAUGGAAAAACGAAGAGGUUCAAAACAAAGCUGUCAGAUUUUUAGGCGAAAAUAAUCGUUUAAAGAAACUCCCCAAAACUAUUUCAGACUUCGAUAACUUGGAGUUCAUAGAUUUGAGAAAUAACUCACUGGGGGCUUUGCCUGGAACAAUAUUCAAAAUCAAAGCACUGAAGGAACUCCAGUGUGGAAAUAAUGGUCUGAAGAGUCUCCCCGCGACUAUCAACAAAGCACCUUCACUAGAGUAUCUGUACGCCCAGAAUAACAAAAUUAAAGCCCUGCCUAAAACCGUGAACAAGUGUCCAGCAUUAGUGUUGAUAGAUCUGAGUGAUAACGUCAUUCGUUCAGUGAAAAAGACAAUAUAUGAAGUUGGUGCCACUUUGGAUCUGAGCAGAAACCGUCUUGUUGAGCUUCCCGAUGCCAACGUUAAAAAUCCUGCUCUCAAAAAAUUGCUUGUGUCGGGGAACUCCAUUUCGCAUAUCCCUGACAACAUCAACAACGUGCUAACGUUGACCUACUUAGAUAUAUCCGACAAUGACCUAACAGAGUUACCUACUCAGAUUGGUUAUUUAAAAUACCUUCACUAUCUGAACAUUUCCAAAAACAAAAUCGACAACCUCCCGGAAGAGAUCAGCACCCUUCACUUUGCCCUCACCUUUCUGCACGCCUCCGAUAACCAGAUCAAGCGCCUCCCCAAAGAGAUCCACCAGCUACAGAGACUUCAGGUUCUAGAACUAGCUGACAACCAGUUAGAGAAAUUGCCGGAAAACUUCUACCAACUCAAAAAUAUCAAGAGGCUGGAUGUAUCUGGUAACAAGUUGACAACUGCAGCCGGUAUCAGCAAACUGAAGAUGGUGGAACAUAUCGGUUUAGCUAGAAAUUCCCUUACAGUCCUUCCAGAAGACCUUCCAAACCUGAAAUCACUGAUUUCGCUAGACGUGUCUGGUAACUACAUCAAGGUUAUACCCGAAAACCUGCACAAAGUAGGCACUCUAAAGAGUUUCAAGGCCAACGACAAUAAGAUCAGCAAUAUUCCGGAAUCUCUGGGUGAGAACCAGCUUAUAACAGAACUAUGUGUAUCAAAAAACAGACUACAAGGUCUCCCUCAGGACAUGAAAAAACUCAGAAGCCUUGAAAUCUUUGAGCUUGCGCACAACGAAAUUAAUGCAUUGCCUAAAACAUUCGAUUUCUUAAAAUUUUUGAGAGUUUUGGACGUUGCUGGCAAUUCAUUAACCGAGCUUACUCUACCUAAAACCCUGACAUCACUGAAUUUGUCGUCAAAUCCGAUUUCACUCCCCUCUGUGGAUCCAAAAUCUGUCUUGACGAUUCUAGGUGAGAGGACAUGGGCGUCGCAGAUGACGGUGCUCGAAAUCGAGGCCAUAAACCUGGAGGAGGUACCGAGUACCGUAAGUCAUAUGAAACUCCUCACAAAGCUCAAUUUGCGGAGUAACGCCCUCAAGGUUAUUCCGGACGAACUGUGCAGACUACGAAUUCUAGAAGAGCUGGAUGUUUCAAACAACGAACUGUCAGAUCUCCCGGAUAGUAUAAGCAAUAUGAAAAAUCUGCGAAAGUUAAACGCCUCCGAAAAUAAAAUUCAACAUUUCUCAAGUGGACUCUGUCUUUUGCAUCAGUUAGAAGAAAUCAAUUUGUCGUACAAUAACAUAAUGGAGCUGCCGGAAAAUUUCGGAGAGCUUAACAAAAUGAUUCGCUUAGACUUAUCGAACAACGAAUUAAUGAGUCUACCAGAGGACCGAUGGGACGUACUGGCAUCCAUAGUAUUUUUGGAUGUUUCAAAGAAUCAUAUUAACGUUGUACCCACUGAUCUGCCAUAUUUAUAUAGAAUUCAGGUUUUGAAAGCGGCGUGCAAUGAUCUGACUUGCCUGCCUGCAGACAUAAUAAAGAUGACAGGCCUGGAAGUCCUAGAUGUAUCCGAUAACUUACUAGAAUCUCUUCCUGAGAGUAUAUGCAAGCUCCCCACCCUUACGGAACUAAAUGUGUCGGACAAUAAAAUCAAAUCGUUCCCGAAUAAGAUAGAAAGUCUGAAGCAGAGAUGCACAGUAAAUGUAGAAUCACAAUCCGCCUACAAACAGCGAGAUCCGCCCGAUACUCUCAAGGCUGGGGAGGUACAGACGGACAACGACGGGUCGCCGCGAAGCUCCAAGAAAAUCGACUCAGAAAAGUAGCUUUGGUUGUUAGUAUGGCCAUAGCAUCUGGCCCCCAGUGCCAAAAACAAAACAAAAAACAAAAACUUUUCUGAAGAACUAUAUCAUAGUAACUUAUUAAUAGUCAUAAUUAUGUUAUACAUGAUUGUAUGUGACGCACUGAACUUUUUUUUUUUUUUUUACCGAUGUGUUGUUACUCGUUUUGUCAUUUCGUUUUGUUUCAAUCAUUACACACUUUGUUAUUUUUUCAGGUUUACAAUAAUUUCAACUGUCCUGUCUUCGAAUUAUAUUUUUAUGAAUUGUUUGAAGGAUAUGAAAUAAAUUACUUUUUACAAAACUAAAA